GAUGUGGGCAGAGCUGUUUUCUAUUGAAGAAGAAUUGAGGAGGUAUCAGCCACGCGCAGUUCCUUUGCAGCAAGCCAGUCUUGACAGAAGGGGGGUGAUAUCGGUUCGUUAUUUAAAUACGCAGACACUUCAUCUCCAGAAUUGACUUGACCACCGAACACAAGCACAGUACUGCCGGUAGGACUGACACAUCGCCGUUGGAGACAAGCUCCCGCUGACACACCCAGCAGCCAUGGCCGAUGACGCAGACAUGCGCAAUGAGCUGUCGGACAUGCAGCAGCGCGCCGACCAGCUGGCCGACGAGUCACUGGAAAGCACCCGUCGUAUGCUGCAGUUGGUAGAAGAGAGUAAAGAUGCUGGUAUCAGGACUCUGGUCAUGUUGGAUGAACAGGGAGAACAACUCGAUCGUGUUGAAGAUGGCAUGAACCAUAUCAACCAAGACAUGAAGGAGGCCGAGAAAAAUUUAAAAGAUUUAGGGAAAUGCUGUGGCCUUUUCAUAUGUCCUUGUAACAAACUCAAGGGCAGUGAUGCCUACAAGAAGGCCUGGGGAAACAACCAGGAUGGAGUGGUGGCCAGCCAGCCCGCCCGCGUCGUGGACGAACGCGAACAGAUGGCCAUCAGCGGAGGUUUCAUCCGCAGGGUAACGGAUGACGCUCGGGAAAACGAGAUGGACGAGAACCUGGAGCAGGUGGGCGGGAUCAUCGGCAACCUGCGCCACAUGGCCCUGGACAUGGGCAACGAGAUCGACACCCAGAACCGCCAGAUUGACAGGAUCAUGGAGAAGGCCGAUUCCAACAAAACCAGGAUUGAUGAAGCCAACCAGCGGGCCACGAAGAUGCUGGGAAGUGGCUAAGCUCCAGAAAGGCAUCCUUUUAUUCUCCGCACUGUUCCUGGGAUGGUGUGAACAUGCUUUUAUCAUGGUAUUUACCUACUCGGUUUGCACACAUGCACAUAUCAAACCCUCCCCCAUUGUAAAUGUUGUUCUGUGUCGUCUGUCGGCUUUUUAAUGAUAGUCCUUGUACAAGGGUUUUAUUUGACUCCGUAUCUUCCUUUCCAAAGGUUGUAUAUAGUGCUGACUCAAUGGCUCUAGCUCACUUGUGAAGUUUUCGUUCUCUUUUUUUAUAUAUAUAUAUUAUAUAUAUAUAUUAUAUAUAUACAGUAUAUCUUUGCUGGAUGACAUCUAUUGUAGGAAUGCCAAACUUGUUUUUCCUUUCCAGUAUUUCAGUAUCGUCUUAGUAAAACUGUGUCAUUCCUUUAGGCUACUGCCGUGCUCCUUAUUUUUUGAUGUUGUAAUGACAAAUGCAAAAGAGAAAGAAAAAAGAUACUAAACUGAAAAGCACUUACAAUCGCUGUCCUUGACUUCUUUUUCCUCAUCAAGCCAUUUCUGAGUUCAUGUUUAGACAACGUGCAACUAGACUGCAACUGUAAUAGACAUUGCAAUUCAAGUGAUGUGAUUUGUGUAUUAUGCAUGACUAAAAAUAGAGUUUAGAAUCAUACAUAAAAUUCAUUUACAAAAAAAAAAAAA